UUAUGUGAGGGGGCGUGGGUGGGGAGCGGGCCUAUAUUUAGGCGGCGCACCUCCGCCAGGACUGCCGCUGAAAGACCAAGAUGGCUCUCUGGAGGAUUCUCGCUUGUUUCCUGGUCGCCGUCGCCGCCUCUGACGGCGCGACGUACGACUAUGCAGACGCCAUCAGGAAGUCGAUCCUGUUCUACCAGGCUCAGCGCUCUGGCAGGCUGUCCGGCAUGGACCCCCUGGUGUCCUGGAGGAAGGACUCCUGCCUCACCGACCAGGGCUGGAACGGGGAAGACCUCACCCAGGGGUACUUUGACGCUGGCGAUUACGUGAAGUUCACCUUCCCGCUGUCUUUCGCGCUGACCAUGCUGUCGUGGGGCGCCAUCGAGUACGAGCAGGGCUACAAUCAGGCUGGUGCAAUGGACGGCGUGCGCGACACCAUCAAGUGGGGCACCGACUGGCUGCUCAAGGCCCACACCGCCCCCAACGAGAUCUACCUGCAGGUGGGCAACGGCACCGCCGACCACGCCUACUGGGGCCGCCCGGAGGACAUCAACUUCCCCAGGCCGGCCUACCGGCUGGACACGGAGAGACCUGGGUCGGACUGCGCUGGGGAGGCCGCCGCGGCGCUGGCCUCUGCGUCGAUAGUGUUCAGCUCGGUGGACGCCACCUACUCGGCCACGCUGCUCAACGCGGCCAAGGAGCUCAUCGCGUUCGCCGACAACUACCGCGGACGCAGCGUCGACUCCGUGCCCGACACGGCAGAGUUCUACGCGUCUAGCAGCUACGACGACGAGCUGGUGUGGGGCUACACGUGGCUCUACAAGGCCACCAACGACCAGACGUACCUGCAGCGGGUGUACGCCCUCAUCCAGGAGUUCAACCUGCAGUUCGUCAGCUCCCUCAGCUGGGACCAGAAGACCAUCGGAACCUUCGCUCUGCUGGCCGACAUGACGGGGAACCAGGAGUACAAGACGCAGCUGGAGUACCACUGCUGGCACAUGGCCAAGGAGCAGCAGCGCACGCCCAAAGGACUGCUCGUCAUCGGUGACUGGGGCAACAUGAGGCUCGUCGCCAACGUGCUCUUCACCUGCCUGCAGGCUGCCAAGCUGAACAUCAACGCAGACGUGAACAAGCAGAUGGUCCAGGAGCAGAUGGGCUACAUCUUGGGAGACACUGGAUACAGCUACGUGGUCGGAUUCGGCAGCAACUACCCGCACAGCCCUCACCACCGUUCCUCGUCGUGCCCUGAUGCGCCGGCGACGUGCGACUGGAACUUCUACAACUCGGCGGAACCGAAUGCGCACGUGCUGUACGGCGCGCUGAUGGGCGGACCGGACGCGAACGACGCGUUCACGGACACGCGUACCGCCUGGGCGCAGACCGAGCCCACGCUGGACUACAACGCCGGCUUCCAGGGCGUGCUCGCCGCCAUGAUCCAGCUCGGCCUCUAGGGCAGCCAACGCACUGCGCGCCGGGGUUGCCAACCUGAGGGCGCGCCAACAGCCUGCUCCCGCAAUGUGGCUGCUGCUCCACUGUUACCAAACUAUCUUCCACUUUCCAUUUUGCAUUGUGUAAGAAACAAUUAUAUCACCUUUGCUUUACCUGUUCAAAACACGUCUGGCUGUAAAUAAAGUGGUUUAGUUGCUAACAGAAAGAAA